GGUUUCUGGGUAAUUGCUCUUCACUGACACCUGUGUCUUUUUCAGCGUGUAGCUGGACUCGAGGUUAACAACUGGACAUAACCAGUUUUAGAGAUCCCAUUGAGUUGAAUCUGAAAUAUUUAACAUGGGUAAACUGCACUUUUACGUCCUUGGCUCUCUGCGAGAUGCCCCCCGUCAGUUCAUUUGUAAAUCCAACCGGAAGUGCUUUCAGGCUUACAUCCCGCUGCCCCUGCCAGGGCAAUUGGUCGUUUUCGGCCUUGGAGAGUGGCCAAGCAGAGAGACUUCUGUCUCAGUCGAGGUCGUGGUGAGUGAAAAAGUCCAAGCCCAAGAAAUAGGAACGUUGUCUUCUCAAGUGAAGUGUCUCACCUGGGAAGGUGAAUGGAGGGAGGACAUUGUUACAGUUGGGGCUGAGAGAGGCAGGAGAGGAGUGUAUGGCAAGAUUGUGUUGAGAGUCUAUGGAGAGGAGAACAGCAGGGUCACCAGCAGUACACCCCAGGCUCAGAGGAAAUGUCUCCUCUCGGAGCAACACAAUGCCACAGAUCUGUCUGGCACAUUGCAUCCAAGUGUGGAAAAUGAAACCACCUCUCCCAACUCCUCACACCUGGGCGACAGUGUUUGCUUUGCUGAAAUCCAAGUUAAUAGAACUGACAGCAGUGACUCUGCUCACCCCCCAGUUUGGCCUACAGAAAAGACACCCAGACGCACAGUCAUUAGCAGGAGAGGCUGUUUGACCUGGAGCUGUGAGGGUAAUAAUGAUCUCGGAGAUGACACGGGCCGAGCCUCGACCCCCGUCAAAAGGAAACUGUCCCGGAUGAACAGCCAAGAGGAAAUGUGUGUGCAGAUCAAAAGCCAACGCAGACAAGUUUCAGCGCGUCCGUCAAAACGCUGGAGUCACACCAUGUGUCUGAGUGACCCCGACACCGCCGUUCUCGUUGGGGGGGAAACGGCGGAUCAGAGCUACUGCGCAGACUCUCUGUGGAAGCUCGAGCUGGACGGUGACUUCUGGUUUCCAAUGAGCUCCGCUGCCUCUGAAGCUGAGCCUACAUGUGCUCGAGGACACACUGCCACCUAUGACCCGGACUCAAAGGCUGUCUUUGUAUACGGUGGCCUGAGGGAGAACCAGCGCUACAAUGAGCUCCACAUCCUUAACACUUUGACCUGGAAAUGGAAAAAUGUCACUGCAAAGGGAAAUGUGCCACAUUUGGCGUACCAUUCAGCUGUGUUUUACAAGAAAGAGCUGUUUGUCUUUGGAGGAGUUCAGCCAAGCCGUUCCUUGGGGGAUAAAUGCUGCACUAAUGCUUUGUACAUAUUCAACCCAGAGUAUGAACUGUGGUACCAGCCCAUUGUGGACGGGGACAAGCCUUUGGCUCGAUUCGGGCACUCGGCCACACUUCUUUCUCAGAAGCUGGUCAUAUUUGGUGGACAGAAAUCGGCCGCCUACCUCAAUGAUCUUCAUGUUUUGGAUCUAGGAUUCAUGGAGUACACAGCUGUGAAGAGUGCCAACAUGCCGCCGUUGCCUCGAGGGUUUCAUGCGGCACUCCCCGUGUCUGACAACAGGAUUCUGGUGAGCGGAGGCUGUAGUGCAGUGGGAGCUCUCCAGGAUCUUCAUAUCUUCAAUAUGGACACCUGCAUGUGGAGUUCGGUGGCAUCGCCUCUGCUUUGCUCCAAGCCUCGAGCUGGACACAGCAUGAUCGACUUGGGCAGCAGAAACCUAACUGGUGUUAAGGGGAACACGCAACACGGAAACCUCAAUCUGCUGUGUUCUGUGCUGGUGUUCGGGGGCUCAGACUGCUCUGGUACCUUCUACGACGACACAGUCAAGUGCACUGUGGAGAUUAGUGUUGACAAGUGAUCAUUUCAGAUGGAAGCUGAUUUGUGUGAAAUGGAAAAUUGUUUUAUUUGAAUCCUAAAUGAAUUCCUUCUGUUUUUAGGCAGACGUGAAAGCUGUAAUCCUUGAGGCUUCGCAGUUUGCAUAACAAAUCUCACACCUGGUUGUUUUACAUAUGUAUUUUAUUUUCUUUACAUGUAUUUAUGAAUGAUUAAACACUGUGACAAACUACUAAUAUAUAUGACAAAA